AGACACAGCAAGAUGGCGGCAACGGGUGUGCUGCCUUUCGUUCGGGGCAUCGAUCUAACCCGCAAUGACUUCCAGGAGGAAUAUUUCCCCAAGGCUGUGGGUGACAUGACAGGCCUCAGAUGGCUCAAGCUGAACAGGACCAAUAUCGACUGGAUACCUGACGAACUUCAGAACCUAAAGAAACUGGAAAGCCUCUCGCUGGUACGCAACAGCCUGGUGACGCUGCAUGGGGAGGUGCCCACCCUGCCGUGCCUGCGCUCCCUCAACUGCCGCCACAACCGCCUCAAGAACUCGGGGGUGCCCCCGGAGAUAUUCGACCUCGAGGACCUCUCCGUCGUGGACCUAAGCCACAACGACCUGCGGGAGGUGCCGACAGACCUGGAGCGUGCACGGGGAAUCCUGGUGCUCAACCUGGGCUACAACAGGAUUGAGUCCAUACCUCACCAACUGUUUGUGAACUUGGUGGAUCUGGUUCACCUAGACCUGAGUGGAAACCAGCUCGAGACGCUACCGCCGCAGAUGCGGAGGCUGGUGAGCCUGCAGACGCUGGUGCUCAACGACAACCCCCUCGGCCACUACCAGCUCAGGCAACUGCCAGCGCUGACAUCGCUCCAGACGCUGCACAUGCGGAACACGCAGAGGACGGUCGUCAACACUCCGGUCUCACUAGACACCUCUGCGGUCUUGUCGGACGUGGACUUCUCGCAGAACGCACUGCCGCGCAUUCCGGACGUGCUGUACACGCUGACGACACUGCGCAGGCUCAACCUCAGUGACAACUGCAUCUCCGAGAUAUCGCCCGUGAUCGGAGAUGUCUGGAAAAGCAUCAGGAUACUCAACCUGUCCAGGAACAAGCUCAGCUCCCUUCCGGCGUCGCUGUGCAAGCUGACGACGUUGACGCGGCUGUACCUGAACGACAACCAGCUGGACUUCGACGGAAUCCCGUCGGGCAUCGGCAAGCUGCACAACCUCGAGGUGUUCAUGGCUGCCCGCAACAACCUCGAGAUGAUCCCUGAGGGCGUCGUGCGGUGCGGGCGCCUGAAGAAGCUGAUGCUGGGCCACAACCGGCUGAUCACCCUGCCGGAGGCGAUCCACCUGUUGACGGACCUGGAGGUGUUGGACCUCAAGGAGAACCCGGACCUGAUCAUGCCCCCCAAGCCCCUCGAGUGCCAGCGGGGCAGCGGCAGCGAGUACUACAACAUCGACUUCUCCCUCGGGGAGCAGCUGCGCCUGGCCGGGGCUGCACCUGCCGCGCAGAUACCCGCACCUCAGGCCGUGAAGGACCCAAUAGCGCGCAAGAUGCGGCUUCGGCGUCGCCGGGAGGGGGAGGCGGACAGCGACCAGGCCAAGAUCCUCAAGGGCAUGACGGACGUGGCCAGGGAGAAGGACCGCAACGGGCGCUCCGCUGCAGACGACCGCGUCGACUCCCUCAAGCCCAAACGGUGGGAUGAGGCACUGGAAAAGCCUCCCAUCGACUACAGCGAGAUCUUCGAGGAGGACGUGGGCCAAAUGCCAGGGAUAUUCGUGUGGGAGAUCGACAACUUCUUGCCGAACCCGCUCGACGAGUCGCUCCUGGGGAAGUUCUACGAGGGCGACUGCUACAUCGUGCUCAAGACGUUCGUGGAGGAAACGCAGAACCUCGACUGGCUCAUCUACUACUGGAUCGGCUCGGAGACAACGCUGGACAAGAAGGCGUGCUCGGCGAUCCACGCGGUGAACCUGCGCAACUUCCUGGGGGCCAACUGCCGCACGGUGCGGGAAGAGCAGGCGGACGAAAGCGGGGAGUUCCUGGCGCUCUUCGGUGGGAACGUGGCCUACCUCAAGGGCAGCCGGGCCUCCAGUGGCUUCUACAACGUCGAGGACGUGGAAUACAUAACGCGGCUGUACCGGCUGCACUCCAACAACCGCCUGCUGCACGUGGAGUCGGUCGCCGUGCACCCGGAUUCCUUAGAUCCCCGCUACGUGUUCGUGCUGGACGCCGGGCGCACGCUCUUCGUCUGGAGUGGCCGGCACUCCAAGAACACCAUGGUCUCCAAGGGCAGGCUGCUGGCGGAGAAGAUCAACAAGAACGAGCGCAAGAACUACUCGGAGGUGGUGACGUGCCCGCAGUCCGAGGAAGAGGAAGACUUCUGGAAGGCUCUUGGGGUCGCUCCGGCGGACUACGCCGGGUUCCAGCCGGAAGAGCACGUGCCGGACGACUUUGCUCCGGCGCAUCCGUGCCUCUACCGCGUCGGUCUGGGCAUGGGCUACCUGGAGCUGCCGCAGGUGGACUUGCCCGGGGGCAAGCUGGUGGAAUCUCUGCUGGACACGAAAAACGUUUACCUGCUGGACGUCAAGUCAGACCUCUUUGUGUGGCUGGGCAAGCGCUCUACGCGGCUGGUCCGUGCUGCGGCCCUCAAGCUAUGUCAGGAGCUCCUCUGCAUGAUUCACCGGCCGCCCCACGCCACCCUGAACCGCUGCCUCGAGGGGACCGAGUCCAUGGUGUUCAAAUCCAAGUUCGUCGGCUGGGACGACGUCAUUGCGGUCGACUUCACGCGCACCGCCGCCUCGGUGGCACGGACCGGAGCCGACCUGCAGAAAUGGAUGUCCAAGCAGCGGACUAAGGUGGACCUGUCGGCCCUGUUCAUGCCCCGCCAGCCGGCAAUGUCCAAGGAAGAAGCCAAGCAGCUCAUGGAGGAGUGGAACGAGGACCUGGAGGCCAUGGAGGCCUUUGUCCUCGAGGGAAAAAAGUUUGUCAAGCUUCCUGAAGAAGAGCUGGGCCACUUCCACAGCGGGGACUGCUACGUGUUCCUGUGCCGCUACUGGGUGCCCGGAGAGGCUGCCCCCGCCCCCGUGGGGGAGGAGGGGGGCGACGGGGAGGGGAAGGAGGAGGGGGAAGAGGAGGAGGUGGAGGACGACUACACGUGCGUGGUGUACUUCUGGCAGGGCCGGCAGGCCAGCAACAUGGGCUGGCUCACCUUCACCUUCUCCCUCCAGAAGAAGUUCGAGGCUCUGUUCGGGAGCAAACUGCAAGUGCUGCGCACGCACCAGCAACAAGAGAACCUCAAGUUCCUGUCGCACUUCAAGCAGAAGUUUGUGAUCCACUGGGGUAGCCGGAAGGAGGCGCAGCUCAGGGAGAAGCCCAACGUGGAGUUGUUCCACCUGCGAUCCAACGGGAGCCCCAUCUGCACACGCUGCGUGCAGAUUCCACCCACGGCGAGCAACCUCAACUCUGCUUUUUGCUACAUCCUGAAGGUGCCGUUUGAGCAAGAGGACGACGACAGCGAGGGCAUAGUGUACGUCUGGAUCGGGAGCAAAGCAGAUCCGGACGAGGUUCGGCUGGCCGAGGAACUCGCCCAGUCUCUCUACGGAGCGGCCGACUACACAGUGGUGACCGUGUGCGAGGGGGACGAACCAGAGAACUUCUUCUGGGUCGGCCUUGGUGGGAAGGCACCCUACGACACGGAUGCGGAGUUCCUGCGCUACUCGCGUCUGUUCCGGUGCUCCAACGAGAAGGGCUACUUUGCCGUGUCGGAGAAGUGCGCCGACUUCUGCCAGGACGACCUGGCCGAGGAGGACAUGAUGAUCCUGGACAGCGGGUCCACGGUCUUCCUCUGGGUGGGCAAGAAGUGCAGCGACGUCGAGGUCAAGCUGGCCUACAAGAGCGCCCAGGUGUACGUCCAGAACCUGAGGGUGGCCCAGCCAGAUCGUCCGAGGAAGCUCGUGGCGACCUGGAAGGGCAAGGAGUCCCAGCGCUUCACCAAGUGCUUCCACGGCUGGGGCACCUACAAGACGGUCGCCGAGUAACUGCCAAGUGAAGGCCGCCGUCUCAACCAGGUGUCGGCCAUGCAAGUAGCCGACACCGGGCCAGAUGCGACGGGUCAAGCCAGCAACCACGGGUGGAGCUAAUCGCACGCCAAAAAGCAGACGACGCCUAUCAUCGGCUACACUCGAGGUGGAAAAGCGGAUGUCAUGUGGCAGGGUGCUAGGGAGAACAUGGUCCCGAGGCUGGGCUGUGCGGUGCGUGUACAUUGACCUUGCCCCGCUCAAGCUUCCACCACGGUGUUGCCAAACCGUGUUUUCACUAACUUAUUUAUUUAUGUUGCCCUGCUCUGGAACGCCGUAUAACCACGUGCGGCGAAAUGCCAUUUUGCUUCAUUCCCAGGAAGUGUAGAAUGGUUCAGUGCAAUGAGAAGCUUGUGGUAAUUGUGGCCAGUGGCAGGGGAGGAUUCUGUGUCAGACUUGGGGAGGCGCUAAGCAUUCGGCUCUGACGUCGCAGACAGAUGUGACGUCACAGGCAGAGUGCUGCUCAGAUAUGCAACUAAAAAAAGAAACUGGUAUAUGUUUUCAAAACGACACCUCGCAGUGGCGGAACGGAGCGCCGGAAACGGGAAAGGGGGGGGGGGGGGGGGGGGGGCAGCAGGGGCAGGGCAGGGGGUAGGCGUGCGGAUGGUUGCUUUCUUAUAAGCGAGCAUUCUUUCUUGUUGUUAGGGCCGUCAGCUCUGGCCUCAGGAAGGCUGCCUCCCUCUAGAAAGGUUGUCCUUGGGUUGUCACCUCCCCCCCUCCCCCCCUUUUCCCUUGAAUCUGCCCGCCCCUGCACAGUGACAUCGGAAGUAUUGUGGAGAUGGAGGGGGUCAAUGGGAGGAUAGUUUCCUUCCUCCAGAUUGUUUACUAGGAAUGUCUAAGAGGAGGGGGGCAAGGACAGUCAUCUCCCCCACCCCCCCCCCCCCCCCCCCGAUCUCCUGUUCGGAUGCCACCAAUUGUGGCAUGUUUUUUCCACGAUCUGCAAUGGCGGGUGUGAGCCACCCUUGACCUAUGUCCCAAAGAGGCAAUGAUCCAAGCAAUGGCCACGCACUUCACCAAGGAAUGCCCAACCAGUGGUGCCAAAGGGUCUUGCCAUGUUACGGAGCAGCUUCUCCGAUGCCAAGGCUGCUUUUCGAACUUUUUCGUAGUGCAACAUAAUUGCGCAUUUGAGGAGUUUCACAUUGCCUGUGCUGAAUGAUGCUGCAGUUUUCCGAUGGGCGUGCCUGUGUGUGUUUAUGAAGUGAACCAUACGAAGUUUACUGUCAUGUUGCCAUGUGUGUGUGUUUGUGUGAUGCGUUUAUAAAUAAAAGAUGACAUUUUUUCCGA